UUCCCGGCGGCCCUGAUCAGAAGCCGGCCGCCUCGCCGGAGAUUUGCUGCUAAUCCCAUCUGCUGUGUUCAACAAAGCCAGAUCCGGUCAGAGUGUUUUUUGCAGUGGUUGAACGGUUCGGAAGAGGAUACCCAGAUCAGAUAAUAGAGAGUUGGAAGCUUUGCCCAGAUUCUAUCUUUUGAAAUAUAGUGGGGGAAAUAUCGCAGUGAACCCAGAAGAUUAGAUUGGUUGUUCUGUUCGACACUUCGAUCUAGAAUGGAAGAAUGAGAUCCAAAUCUCGUAGUUAAGGAAUAAGAUUGAUGGGGAACUGUUUUGCCAUUGAAGAGCAACUAUUAGCCCAGAAGACAGUUGCUGUAUGCCAAACCACAACUACAUCCACAACAAAACCAAAGAUACCAGUGGCAAAUGUUAUGGUGAUUCCCAAAAAUGUCAAAGAUCUACGUCAGAAUCCUGGAUACCAUAACAUGGACAUCUUUUCCUAUAAUGAAAUGAGAUUGGCUACCAAGAACUUUCGCCCGGAUCAAGUUCUUGGUGACGGUGGGUUUGGAAUCGUCUACAAAGGAGUUAUAGAUGAAAGCAUCAGGCCAGGUUACAAAACCACACAAGUUGCUAUCAAAGUGCUUAAUCCAGAGGGGUUCCAAGGCGACCGAGAAUGGCUGGCAGAGGUCAACUAUCUUGGACAACUCAGUCACCCAAAUCUUGUCAAACUCAUUGGAUACUGCUGUGAAGAUGAGCAUAGGCUGUUGGUCUAUGAAUAUAUGUCCUGCGGGAGCCUGGAGAAGCAACUUUUUAGAAGGGUUUGUGUCUCACUGACUUGGUCUACUAGAAUGAAGAUAGCUUUAGGUGCAGCAAAAGGGCUAGCUUUUCUUCAUGGAGCGGAAAGAUCUAUAAUAUACCGCGACUUCAAGACAUCGAAUAUCUUACUGGAUUCGGAUUAUAAUGCUAAGCUCUCAGAUUUUGGGCUUGCAAAGGAUGGACCAAUGGGAGACCAGACCCAUGUGUCAACCCGAGUGAUGGGUACUUAUGGAUAUGCUGCUCCAGAGUAUGUGAUGACUGGCCACCUAACAGCUCGAAGUGAUGUAUAUGGCUUUGGGGUUGUGCUCCUUGAGAUGCUCAUUGGUAGGAGAGCAAUGGAUAAAAGCAGGCCAAGCCGGGAACACAACCUGGUCGAGUGGGCACGCCCACUAUUGAACCAUAACAAGAAGUUGCUAAGGAUAUUGGACCCCAGGAUGGAAGGUCAGUACUCAGUGAAGGCUGCUCAGAAGGUAGCCAAUUUGGCUUACCAAUGCCUUAGUCAAAACCCCAAAGGGAGACCUACCAUGAGUCAGGUGGUCGAGUUACUUGAAAUGUUUCAAGUGCCAGGUGAGAAUCGGGAAGAUGUGCUAGUGCAGAGUGGAGGCUGUGCUGUAACCCUGUACGAGGUCCCAAAGAGUAAACCUGACAAGAAAUAUGCAAACAAAACAGAAGGUGGAACAGAACCCAAAUUGCUGCACAAGCAAAGAGUGGAAUUAUUUAAUACCAGGAGCAAGAGUGAGUCCACUACGGAGUGUGAUUUGAACUGCUCUUCCCCCGAUUUUCAAUCCCGGAAGAGGAUAUUACUGUCUAGAAGAACCGAGGGAAAACCAAUGGUUGGAGUUGACCUGUACAAGUGAACCAAUUCUAUCCAAUGAAGUAGUUUUACUUA